AUGCCCAAAAGCACUGAAGUGAAGCAGACAGGAAAAAAAAGGCAGAGUUGGUAAAUGGAGAAGCUUAAAUGUGUGGUUCCAGAGAGGCUGAAGCGGAGGGUGGAGGAGAGCCAUAUUGAUGAUCUUCCUUCACUAUCCUCUUCUCUGCUCCAAUUGUUCCUCAGUUUGCCGCAGUUCCAUCAGUUGAUUUCAGAGUUGGCAGCAGAGCCAUCGACCCAGGCCGGUCUUUGUGGCAAGAACGAGGGUGCUGCUUUGGACUUGAAACAAAAAGGCAACCAAUGCUAUUCCUCUGGAGAUCAUUCCCAGGCUUUGCGUUGCUAUUCUCAGUUACAGGCGCUUCGCCUUGCUCCCAUUGACGCCCACCACAGUGGCAAGAAUCUUGUUGCUACUUUGUAUUUAAACCGAGCUUCAUUGUUUCACAAAAUGGGCCUGCCAAUGGAGUCUCUUCGAGAUUGCAGCAGGGCACUAGAAAUUUCUCCUUGCUAUCCAAAGGUGUGGUAUAGGAGAGGUAAGGUGAAUGCUACACUGGGGAACUACGAAGAUUCGGUCCAUGACUUAAGUGUUGCUAAGGAUAUGGAGCCAUCAAUAGGGGGAAAGAAACAGAUAGAAAGGGAGCUGGACAUGCUUGCACGGCAUCAUGAGAAAACAACUGCUAAACCAGCCAGCCAGAAAAGUGUAGAAAUUCCAGAUGUGCCUUCAGAAAUAAAACUUCAGUGUGUAAAAACACCAGACAAAGGAAGGGGCAUGGUUUCUCAGUUUGACAUUCCUCAAGCUUCUUUGAUUCAUGCUGAAGAACCUUAUGCUGUGGUUAUUUUGAAGCAUUGCCGAGAAACUCAUUGCCAUUAUUGCUUGAAUGAACUACCUGCAGAUACGAUCCCCUGCAUUUCAUGUUCAUUGCCAUUGUACUGUUCCCAGCACUGCCAAGUGCAAGCAGGUGGGCCAAUUCAUAUUCCAGAUACAAUGGUAGGCAGUAAUUUCAAGCCAACACUUGAGUGCAUUCCAGAACAUAAACAUGAAUGUCAAGGUGUGCACUGGCCUGCAAUAUUGCCUUCUGAUGUAGUUCUGGCUGGUCGAGUAGUAGUGAAAACCAUGGAGCAGAAAGGACAAUUCACUGAUGUUCCUAAUCUUUCAGAAACCUUGGGGCUUUGUGAAAGUUAUUCAAAAAUGUCGCCAGAAAGCAAAUUGGAACUACAUAUAUAUUCCAUUGUAUUGUUAUUUUGUCUCCAUCAUUCUUUCAGUUCUGAACUGUCAAUUAAUGGAGACUCUGCAUCACAGAUUGUCAUACUUCUAUCUCAAAUUAGAGUGAAUUCUAUUGCAGUUGUCCGUAUGAGAUCCAAUACCAAUGAUUCUUAUGAUCAGCAAGAUUGGUUUCAAAACUUCUCCUUUGGUGAGGCAGAAGCAGCUAGUAGUGUGGAACAGGUCAGAGUAGGUCAGGCUCUUUACAAAGCAGCCAGUUUGUUCAACCAUUCCUGCCUGCCAAACAUUCAUGCAUAUUUUAUGUCACGUACUCUCUUACUACGAACAACAGAGUUUGUGUCUGGAGGGUGUGCCCUGGAAUUGUCUUAUGGUCCUCAGGUUGGCCAAUGGGACUGUAAAGACCGCCUUAGAUUUCUUGAAGAAGAGUACUUUUUUCGAUGUUGGUGCUGUGGUUGUUCAGAAGUGAAUGAAUCUGAUCUUGUAAUUAGUGGAUUUUGUUGUGUUAAUCCAAAUUGCUCUGGAGUGGUUUUAGACAAUCUUGUGGCUAACUGUGAAAAGCAGAAGCCUAAAGUUCCAGAAACAAUAAGCAACAAGUCUCAUUUGCAGGUACACGAGCUCAAUGAUAUUGACAUCAAGAAAGUGGCUCAAAUUUCACUUGAUCAAACACAAAGUUCCUUCCAUGUUGAUUCUGGGUAUUGCUUGAAAUGCGGUUCUUAUUGCAAUUUUGCAUCUAGGAGCAAAGAAGUUAAAAAAGCUUGGACUGAUUUCAGAAGGUUGCAGGAUUCAAUAGCUUCAAAAGAUACGUGCAGUACUAACCUUCCAGGUGCUUUGAGAUCUCUUGGUCUUCUAAGAUCAAUACUGCAUGCUUAUAACAAAGGCAUUGCAGAAGCAGAGGACAUUCUUGCGAAGGCAUUUUGUUUCAUUGGUGAUUUUGAGCCAGCUAGAGACCAUUGUAAAGCAUCCAUUGAGAUACUGGAAAAGCUCUAUGGCCCCAAUCACAUUGCAAUUGGAUAUGAAUUGGCAAAGCUCGCAUCCAUUCAGCUAGCUCUGGGUGAUUGUACUGCUGUCUAUAACAUAAAUCGACUGAGUGCCAUAUUUUCUACAUAUUAUGGACCACAUGCAGGCAUUAUAUUUCCUUAUCUACUGGUUCUUGAGAGAGAGAGGAGCCGUAUCAUUCAAUGAAAAUGUCAAAUCCUUUUCUCUCAUGUGCAUAGCCAUAUGCCAUCCAACACUAUAAUAUAUAUAUAUAUAAUCCUGGAGAUGUGGGUGCCAGCUGGCUUUGAUGUCAAUAUCAUAUCAAAUGAAGUUGUUUUUGGUUGAAAUGGUAAAA